GGCCUUUUCUUGUAAAACAAUUGUUAAGAGAACCCCUUCGCCGGGAGGCCCAACAGCCCUCGAUCUAAAUAUAUAUAAAAAUAGUAUAAGCAAGACCGAUCUUUUGGGAUGGGGCCUGCAUGCCAGAAUUCUCUCUAGCUUGCUGGAUUAAAGGAUUCAUCAGAUCGAGUAAAAGCACUUUGAAAGAUCAUUUCUUGAUCAAAGAUGGCAGCUGGAGAAAGCUUUGUUGCAUGUGUUCACUCGUUCCAUUCUUCCAGCAGGUCUCUGGAAUUAACGUGAUCAUGUUUUAUGCGCCUGUUCUUUUUCUGAUCGACUUUGGGUUUUGGCCAGAAAGCUUCACUCAUGUCUGCGGUCAUCAUCGGAGUUGUCAAUGUCCUUGCCACGUUUGUUUCCAUCUACUCAGUCGACAGGUUUGGGAGAAGGGCUCUGUUCCUUGAAGGUGGCGCUCAAAUGAUCGAUUAUUUGCCAGAUUGGUGUGGGAACCAUGAUUGGCAUGAAAUUUGGGGCAAGUGGAGAAGCCGUUUUGUCGAAAUUCGAAGCGGAUUUAAUCUUGCUCUUAAUUUGCUGUUAUGUGGCUGCAUUCGCAUGGUCUUGGGGCCCAUUGACAUGGCUGUUACCCAGCGAAAUCAGUCCUCCAGAGAUCCGAUCGGCCGGGCAAGCCAUCAACGUCUCCGUCAACAUGCUGUUCACCUUUGUCAUUGCUCAAGCCUUCCUCGCCAUGCUUUGCAGUAUGAAGUUUGGUCUCUUCUAUCUCUUUGCCAUCUUUGUCAACUUCAUGACUAUUUUCAUUUACUUCUUCCUUCCCGAGACAAAGAACGUCCCCAUUGAAGAGAUGAACACAGCGUGGAAAGCACACCGAUUGGCGAACAAAAGAUCGCAUUGAAGCGGCUACCGGUAAAUAUCUCUCUUGAGAAAGCAAAUCCUUUCAGAAGAACCUAUGGCGCUGCUAAGAAUGAUAGGAGCCCAUAAAAGUCUUUGCAAAUCAGUUAAACCCGUCAACCCUUAUGCUCUGGUUUCACUUUUCUUCAUCAAGAACCUCUCUCCCACAUCACAUUCUCACAGACCCAUUUGCACCAAAACCCGCAAUGACUCAUCUUUUCCUUCAGACCUCACCAGCAUCACCAGCGCCCUCAUUUCCAUCUUCACCAAGCAACCCUUUUCCCCAGACAAUCCAGAACUCAAGAACCUUGUUCCAAGACUGACCACCCAAGUUGUUGAAAGUGUGCUAAACGGCCUAAAGAGUUGGAAAAUAGCUCACAUGUUCUUUACUUGGGCCUCAAAUCAAUGUGGGUAUAAGCACAACUGUUAUACUUACAAUACCAUGGCCUCGAUCCUAUCCCGUGCUCGACAAAUUGCCCCACUGAGAGCGUUGGCCAUGGAUAUUCUAAAUUUCCAUUGUUCCAUGACUCCGGGAGCUUUGGGACACCUCGUAAGGUGUUUAGGCAGUAUGGGAUUGGUCGAAGAAGUUAACAUGUUGUUUGAUCGAGUUAGAACGAUGGGGCUUUGCGUUCCGAAUAAUUAUAGCUAUAAUUGUUUGCUUGAGGCUAUAUCCAAGUCUAAGUCUAUUGAUUUGAUUGAAAUGAGAUUGAAAGAGAUGCACGAUUAUGGUUGGAAAUCUGAUAAGUACACGUUAACCCCGGUGUUGCAAGUUUAUUGCCAUGCGGGGAAAUUUGAAAAAGCAUUGAGUGUUUUUAAUGAUAUGAAUGAGCAAGGGUGGAUUGAUGAGCACGUUUUCUCUAUCUUAGCUUUGUCUUUUAGCAAGUGGGGUGAGGUAGAUAAGGCAUUCGAAUUGAUUGAGAGAAUGGAAGACCGUAAUGUUAGAUUGAAUCAAAAGACUUUUUGUGUCUUGAUUCAUGGGUUUGUAAGGGAAUCCAGAGUGGAUAAGGCCCUUCAAUUGUUUGAUAAAAUGCGGCAAUCAGGAUUCAAUCCUGAUGUUUCGCUAUAUGAUGUGCUUAUAGGAGGACUCUGUAAAAAUAAAGAGCAGGAGAAAGCCUUAUGUUUGUAUUCAGAAAUGACGCAGUUGGGUAUUCAUCCUGAUGUUGGAAUACUUGCAAAGCUUAUGACAUUCUUUGAAGAGAGGGAAAUGAUCCGAUUACUUGAGGAAAGCAAAGAAGUUAUGGACGAGAAAGCUAUAAUUUUGCUUUACAAUACUGUUUUAAAUGGUCUUGUCAAUAACAGCUCACUCGAUAAAGCUUGUCUCUUGCUCCGGGUGAUGAUGGGAGAUCAACCUGAUUCUGACAUUGAAUCAUAUAAACUCCCAAGGGUUAAUAAAGCUAUUGGCCCUAACACCACUUCUUGUAGAAUUGUUAUUGAUGGUCUAGUCAAGACUGGUAAGUUGGACCUAGCACUUACCCUUUUCCGUGAUAUGAAUCGAAUUGGUUGUGAACCGGAUAUUUUACUUUAUAACAAUUUAAUUGAUGGUCUGUGCAAUUCAAAUAGAUUGGAAGAGAGUUAUGAGCUUCUUAGAGAGAUGAAGAUGUCAGGAUUUGAACCAACCCAAUUUACUCACAAUUCUAUAUUUGGGUGCCUAUGUAGAAGAGAGGAUGUUGUAGCAGCGCUUGAUCUGGUGAGGGAGAUGCGCGCUCAUGGGCAUGAACCAUGGAUAAAAUAUUCUAGCUUGCUUGUAAAAAGGCUGUGCAAACAUGGGAGAGCUGUAGAAGCUUUGAAAUUUCUUUCUAGCAUGGUUCAAGAAGGUUUCCUUCCUGAUAUAGUUGCCUAUUCUGCAGCCAUAGACGGUUUAAUCAAGCUUCAAGAAGUGGAUCGAGCUUUGGAGCUAUUCCGGGACAUUUGUUCUCGUAACUAUUGCCCUGAUGUGGUUGCAUAUAAUAUAUUGAUAGGUGGGCUCUGUAAGGCAAAAAGAGUUUUAGAAGCCGAAGAUAUUCUGAAUGAGAUGGUGGUCAAGGGGCGUGUCCCCUCAGUUGUUACCUACAACCUUCUUAUAGAUGGAUGGUGCAAAAAUGGUGAUGUUGAUCAAGCCAUGCUUUGCCUUUCCAGGAUGCUUGCGGAAGACAGAGAGCCUAGUGUGAUAACUUACACUACGUUAGUGGAUGGGUUGUGUAAUGCUAGAAGACCUGAUGAUGCACUGAUGCUUUGGAAUGAAAUGGGAAAAAAAGGGUGUGCUCCAAACAGAAUUGCUUUCAUGGCCCUCAUUCAUGGUCUUUGCAAAUGUGGUAGGCCCAACACAUCACUCGCUUUUCUCCGCGAGAUGGAAGAGAAGGAAAUGAAACCUGACACAUUUGUCUAUGUAGCAUUAAUAAGUAGUCUUGUGUCCAAUCGUAACCUAACCUUGGCUUUGGAAAUUUUAAAGGAGAUGGCUGACAAAGGAAACUUUCCAGAACCACUAGAUAAGAAUUGUCUAAUUGUUAGAGAUGCAGUACUUAAGUUGUUAGAAGAUGCUAAGACUUCCUCAGGAGUUAAAAAUCUUAUUGCGGAGGGUAGAAUUCCUAGAAUGUGUUAUUCAGAUGUUGAAGGUGGAGGUUGACUUGAGCCAGUUGUUUGAGGAGUAGUCAAUAAGAUUGUUCAUAAAAGCUCAACCAAAUUUUAGUGUGGAAUCAGAGUGCACAUGGUUAAAGAAACAUGUCUUUCUCGGCUUUAA